CUCAGACGUACAGACACCAAGGUGCGUGUCCCAAUCCUGUGAGUGCCUACCACACAUUUAUGAAAGGCACCGCAAGGGCCAGCAUGUUUGUAUUCUAAGACGUGUUGUUCUGUAGCUUCAGCAUCCCAAGGCUUUUAAGGAAAUCCAGCCAAUUAUAAAAAGGGGGGUUGGGGUUGUUGGGGAGAAACCUGGAGAUGAGAUGCGAGAAUGGGUAGAACUUUUCCUCUCUCCAGAUUCAUCCGGAGGGAUGACAGAUGGCUGCUCCGGGUCCAGACGCCGCUCCUCGGGGUGGAGAAAGGGGCCCUGCCCCGCAGCAACCAGGCGGAAGCACCUGUGCCAUUGGUCCAGCGGCCGCUCCCACCUGCGCGGAGCCCUAGGGACCGCGAGCGCAAAGUCCGCGGCGCCGGGCCGAGGAGAAGGCGGCCGGCAGCGCAGGUGGGCCCCGGCCCGAGGUCAGACACGAUGCCCCUGGGACUGCGGGUCAAGAAGAAAGACAAGUCCAAGGAGAGCUGCGCGCUGGUGGAGGGCGAGCCCGAGGGCGCGGACGGCAGCCACCUCCCGGCGCCCCCGCGCUCCCCGGCCAGGCUGGUUUUCUACACGCAGCUGGCGCACGGCAGCGCCACGGGCCGAGUGGAGAAUUUCUCCAACAUCCGGGAGCUCUACGCCAAGAUCGCCGGCGUGUUUGAGAUCUCGCCGUCCGAGAUCUUAUAUUGCACUUUAAACACACCUAAAGUUGACAUGGAAAAACUCUUAGGAUCACAAAUAGGUCUUGAGGAUUUCAUAUUUGCCCACGUGAAAGGGAUCAAAAAAAGUGUGAACGUGUAUAAAUCUGAGGAUUCACUUGGUCUCACCAUUACAGAUAAUGGUACUGGCUGUGCUUUCAUAAAGAGAAUUAAAGAGGGCAGCAUAAUUGACUCAGUUAAAACAAUCUGUGUGGGAGAUCAUAUUGAAUCCAUAAAUGGAGAAAAUAUUGUUGGGUGGCGUCAUUUUGAUGUUGCUAAGAAGUUAAAGGAAUUAAAAAAAGAGGAACUCUUUACCAUGAAUUUAAUAGAACCUAAGAAGGCAUUUGAAAUAGAGCCAAGGUCCAAAGCUGGAAAUACCUCAACAGGAAAAAUUGGUACCGGAAGGGAGACACUUCGCCUGAGGUCAAAAGGUCCUGCCACUGUGGAAGAAGUGCCCUCUGAAAACAAUGCUAAGGCAAUUGAAAAGGUUGAUGAUCUUCUUGAGACAUACAUGGGAAUUCGAGAUAUUGAAUUAGCUACCACAAUAUUUGAAGCUGGAAAGGACAAACGUAAUCCAGAUGAGUUCGCCGUGGCACUUGACAAAACUCUUGGAGACUUUGCGUUCCCAGAUGAAUUUGUCUUUGAUGUUUGGGGAGCCGUUAGUGAUGCCAGACGAGGAGGAUUAUGAUGUGGCUGGUCCAUCUCUGGAGAAAUGAACCAUUGUUCCUGUGCGUGUGUGUAUGUUUUUAAAUAAACCUAUAAGGCUGUUUUUGGACACUGGUUUGGUUUUUAUGUGUAUGGAAUACAUUCUUUUUUUUGAAAUAUAAUUUUGAUUUCUGGGUACUUUUUAAUGCAAUUGAAUAUA